AUGGGAGGCCGGAAAAAGCUAUCGCCGCCGCCGUCCGGCAGGACAAAUCUAGCUUCAUGCAUCGUAGCCACCAUCUUCUUAAUCUUCAUAACAAUCAUCAUCCUCAUCAUUUUCUUCACCUUAUUCAAGCCCAAAACCCCCGCUAUCGCCGUCACCGCCGUCCAACUUCCAUCUUUCUCCACCACCAACACCACCGUCACCUUCACCAUCUCCCACUACAUCGCCGUCAACAACCCCAACCGCGGCGUUUUCACACACUACGACAGCUCUCUACAACUCCUCUACGCCGGAAACCAGGUGGGGUUCAUGUUUGUUCCCUCCGGCAAGAUUGAAGCCCGUCGUACGCAGUACAUGGCUGCCACAUUUUCCGUCAAGUCUUUUCCGUUAUUGUCGGUGAUUAACCGUCAGCCGGAGGGGAUGAACGGGUUACGAAUCGGACCUAGUUUAGAGAUAGAAACUAAAAUGGAGAUGCCGGGUCGGGUCAGGGUUUUGCACUUCUUUACACACCAUGUGGAAGCUACAGCUGAGUGUAAAGUCGUUAUCGCCAUUAACGGUGGAUCUGUUUUAGGUUUUCGCUGCUAG